GUCUCGCUGUCAUAUUCGAAUCUCAGUGCUCUCAAUGCUUCAUUAUGCUUGUGCUAAUCUUAAUUUUGCCAUGCUCUACGGUAUUUCAAUUUCCUACGUAUUCCCGAAUGCCUGUUUCAUCAUAGUUAUGAAUAUUAGUGAUACAUACAUGUCUAUAUUCUAUCCUUUCUUCUGUGCCAUUAAAUACACUGAAAUGUGGAUACAUGGAUCAUGGAUGGUUUCGGUUGUUUAACAUUAUGAACGCCACAUCACUGUAUUUUCGUAAACUGUUCACGGGCUCGCGCGAGCUCAACUACGGGAACACGGUGCUGGUGCAGCACGGUAACCACCAGUGGUGGCUAGGUUACGUUCAGGACAUUGAUGGUCCGUAUUUCUUCGUGGACUUCGAUGCCAGAGGGAUCAGUGCUCAAUGGAUUCACCCAAGCCGUCUUUGGCCGCACCAUUUCAUUACUAAUGAUCAACCGGAUCAGGGCUCCUCGGUUCAAGCGGCGCUGCGGCUUACCCCAGCUGAACCUCUGAUGAAUUGAUCUGGUACCAUUGCGGACAGUGAACCAGAGCCAUUUUACGCUGUACAUCUGAACGGGGACAAUCCUCACGGGCUACCACAGCAGCAAAUCGUGCAUCGGAAUCACUGUGCCAAGGAGUAGCCAUUGCCGGAUGAUGGGGAAAGUUUCUUCGAUCGGUCUACCGGCUUUCUGUACAGAAAUAUCAUUCCCUUUCUCGCAGCACAGCUGAUUGCUAGACAUAGAUUUUCUGCCGAUGUUUCUGACCCAUACAUACCGACUCGUGGUAGGUCGCGGGACAAAUGGUUGUGAUGCGAACUGUCGCUAUCAUCGCUGCAUAUUUGUGGACAAGGUUCAGUUUUUCUGCAAAUCUCACCGUGAGGCGAGGUAUUUCAUCGGAAUGGGGUGCCGAAUGUUCGUGCGAGUGGGACUGGACUCAGUGAGUUUUGUCUGUGCCGAAAUGCACGAUAAUGAAGCCGGUUGCAACAUGUUGUGGGAUGAAGAGUCACUGAAAAAAGCUUGCGAUGACUAUUUGACAGAGGAAGUAGCAAUAGAGGCAGUGGAUCGGGACAUGAUUCCACUGGACGGACUUUCGCAAGAUCAGUGUGGCAGUGCCGAACUCAACUGAUUAAGGCGAUAUACUGGUUUUGCUUCGUUCCCAGAGAAGUUACAAUAUACAAGAAAUUUCCAUCACCGAACUUUCGCUUCCGAUCUUUGCUUCUCUACUGCAGUGUCUGGAUGUAACUUCCCAGUUUCGGAUGAGCAGGGUUUGUGCUCUGUGGAGAUUACUUUAUCGCCAUUACUUGAAUCAUCGGCACAUCGUGUUUGAUGCGGGCACAAUGUGGGAUAAGAAACCACAUACCUUAUCACAACACUGCGCCAACUUUGCCGUUAUUAGCGAAACAGAAGAUUAUGCUGAAUUUCUCGCAUAUAAACUGGGAGCCAUGUUGGACAGUAUGUGUACCAGUCGAAUGCAGACGCUGACUUUGAUGGAAUCGAUUCACUGUUUUUGCGAUGAUUAUGAUCUCAUCACAUUAGUGACCACGACCGAAUCCGUAUUAGCCAGCAAGGGCAUUCGGAUUCCGGUAGUUCUAGUGAAGAACACCGAUCGUGAUACCGCUUUCCAGUCGCGUUUCCUGAACAUUGACCAUCAUCAUCCUAGCGAAGAAUGGGAAUGCUGUGGGCUGUCGAAGAUUACGACGGUGUGUAAAAAGCUCGUACUCAUCAACCUAUCGGCGCGGCAUUUCAUUACCCAAGCCGCGAUUCAGAUGCUGGACUGGGAUGCUGCAUCCGUUUUGCCUCAGUCAGAGAAGGCGCUGAUGCGGGGGAAUUAUUCGAGCGGUACUGAAUGCCCCGUAACCAUUCCGUGUCUUCGCUUCCGUCCAGUGGAAACACCCACUGAGCAGGCCCGCAGUCUUUUAGUCGCGGCCAACGACCACUGUCCGGCCGUUAGUCAGCGGGUGUUUGAAAAGGUUACAACGAUAUAUGCGCGCUGGGUGAACACUUUGGCCUAUCCGGAGGACUGGAGCUGCAUCCGCGUUUUUCUGCAGCUGUUCAAUACCUUUAGCCCUGGAGACCUUCCGCAGCGAUGGGAUUCCGUGGACCUCCGUAAACUGGAACUUGCUGAUCUGACGCAUGUCACUUUCGCGGCACUGGAUGGAUGCUUUCAAGACUGAAGCAAGUCAGGGACAUGGUUAUUAAAGUAUUUCUGCUGCAAUGUGUUUAAAGUUCAAAUGGACAGUUGCUGGAUGUUGACUAUUUACAACGCCAGCACAAAACUUUGCUAGCUGUUAUCCUUUUUCUGGGAUGGUAUGUUCGCUCAAGUUUCGUUUUGAGUUUGACAAUUGACAUUCUAACUGUAAUGGCAGCCCGCUGCCCAUUAUUGACUUGUACAUGGAAAUUUGUUCCUGAAAAUAGAGUUUCUUAUCACAAUGCGAAUUUGAAGUUCAGGGUUCAGUGCCGGAAGUUGGA